AUAAUCUCUCAUCACUCUUCUGGAAGACCCUCUCCCUCCCAUCCAACUUCUGGAAGACGUCUUCCGGAAGCCGACGAGCCGCCCCACCGAAACGCCGCCCGAGCGACGCCCGUCUCCUAGCAACGGGUCGCCGCCGCGUUGCUGGUCAUGGCGGACGCGGUUCGCGGCUCCUGAGGCGACGACUCCUCAGUUCGAGUCCGGGACCCGAGCGCCAGACGGAGGAGGGCGAGGGGGACUCGCAGGACAGACAUGCGGCUGAAAAGAUUCCUACUGCGGUAUUACCCGCCAGGCAUCAUCCUGGAGUACGAGCACCAUGGGCAGCUGAAGACCAAGUCGAUCGACCUGCUGGACCUCAGCCCAGACACGGACGUGGCGGCCGUGGUCGGGGAUAUCGUGGCCUCUGAGCCGCUCGUGACGCCGUCCCGGGCCCCGCAGGUGCGCCAUCUGGUCGAGAGGCUCAUGGGAAAACUCCAGCAGGCCAGCGACCACCCGUUCCAUCUCUUCAAGGUACUCAGAGCUCACAUCCUGCCCCUCACCAACGUGGCCUUCAACAAGUCUGGUGAGAGCUUCAUCACGGGUAGCUAUGACCGCACGUGCAAGGUGUGGGACACGGCGAGCGGAGAGGAGCGACUCACGCUGGACGGACACCGCAACGUCGUGUACGCCAUCGCCUUCAACGUCCCCUAUGGGGAUAAGAUCGCGACGGGGUCGUUUGACAAGACGUGCAAACUGUGGAGUGCGCAGAGUGGGCAGUGCUGCCACACGCUACGCGGGCACUCGGCCGAGAUCGUGUGCCUGGCGUUUAACCCAGCCAGCACGCUGGUGGCCACCGGUAGCAUGGACGCAACGGCACGACUCUGGGACGUGCAGGCCGGCACGGAGGCAGCCACGCUCACCGGACACACUGCGGAAAUCAUCUCGCUGGGCUUCAACACGACGGGAGAUCAGCUGAUCACCGGCUCCUUCGACCACACGGUGUCCGUGUGGGACGCCAGCACGGGCAGGAGGAGCCACGCUCUGAUCGGGCACAGGGGGGAGAUCAGCAGCACGCAAUUCAACUGGGACUCUUCGCUCAUCGCUACCGGCUCCAUGGACAAGACGUGCAAGCUGUGGGACUCGAGAAGCGGACGCUGCGUGGCCACGCUGGCUGGCCACGAGGACGAGGUGCUGGACGUGAGCUUUGACCUCACGGGGCAGCUGGUGGCCACCGCCUCCACCGAUGGCACGGCACGGGUGUACAGCACCGCAGAGCGAACCUGUAUCGCCAAACUGGAGGGGCACGACGGGGAGAUUUCCAAGGUGUGCUUCAACGCUCAGGCCACCCGCGUGCUCACGGCGAGCUCGGACAAGACGGCGAGGCUGUGGGAGCCGCGGUCCGGACGCUGCCUCCAGGUGCUCGACGGGCACACGGAGGAGAUCUUCUCCUGCGCCUUCAACUACGAGGGGGACUCCAUCAUCACCGGCAGCAAAGACAACACGUGUCGAGUGUGGAGGGUGUAAAGACUGAGGAGGCUCGCGUGGCUUGGGUUGAUUCAUCAUCAUCAUCAGCCAUGAUGAGUCCGCUGCUGGAUGAACGCCUCCCCAAGCCGCCGCCGCCGCCGCCGCCAUCGCUCACGGUCCUGCGACGGCAACCGUCCACCCACCGCGUCGUCUGCACGCCACACGGGCUGAUUUCAUAGCUCCAUCUCCUCGGUUGGACGUCCAUUCCCCCCUCCACGCGUGCUCUCUGCUUUGUCUGCCCCUCGGGCCAUCGCGUCUCCUGCCCAAGCCCCCACUGCACUGCUCGCGAUGAUGAUGCUGCCCCAGAAGAACACGCGCACCACCUUUCACACAAGUCAAUGGGCUGUAAUAUAAAUGUAUUGCCCCGUUGUCAAUUUCAAUGCUGGGAUGGAGGCCUUGGCAGGCUGCGUUGGUCACAGGGGUUGUUAACAGUCAACGUGAUUGUGCGUCUACAGCACACUCUGUGGCAGCUGUACAAGAUGAUGAUGAACAAAAAAUUAUACAAGGCUUUUUGGUGAUAAUACAGUGAGGAGUUAAGAUGUUCAAACACCAAAUAGACACCUAUUAACUUUUGAUUUAAAGCUUUCGUGACUGCAGGGAUUCAUAUUCUUGGUUCUUUCGGAUAGUCAACUAGAAG